UGUGGCCAAACACUGCCCGGAGUGAGAGAGCAAACUAGCAGCGCAGAGGGGCCGGCGCGAAUGUGCGAGUGUGUGCGCGUGUGUGUGAGCGAGCGAGCGAGCGAGCGAGCGCAGGGUGGGGGGGACCAACUGCUUCACACUUUCAACACUGCACUGAAGAGGGAGAGGGCGAGCGAGACUGGAGCCGUUCCGAUCCCCCAAGAUCUCCCAAGGCUACCGUCCCACCGAUUACAGGACAGAGCCCCAAAUAUCGAAACAGAGGAAACGGACAGCGGGGGAACAUGGACGAAGGAAUUCCUCAUUUGCAAGAGAGACAGUUACUGGAACAUAGAGAUUUUAUAGGACUGGACUAUUCCUCGUUGUAUAUGUGUAAACCCAAACGGAGCAUGAAGCGAGACGACAGCAAGGACACCUACAAAUUGCCGCACAGAUUAAUAGAAAAGAAAAGACGAGACCGGAUUAAUGAAUGCAUUGCUCAACUGAAAGAUUUACUGCCUGAACAUCUGAAAUUGACAACUCUGGGGCAUCUGGAGAAAGCGGUCGUCUUGGAAUUAACUUUGAAACACUUAAAAGCUUUAACAGCCUUAACGGAGCAGCAGCACCAGAAGAUAAUUGCUUUACAGAAUGGGGAGAGAUCUCUGAAAUCGCCGAUUCAGGCCGACUUGGACGCGUUCCACUCGGGAUUUCAAACGUGCGCCAAAGAAGUCUUGCAAUACCUCUCCCGGUUUGAGAGCUGGACGCCCAGGGAGCCGCGGUGUGUCCAGCUGAUCAACCACUUGCACGCCGUGGCCACCCAGUUCUUGCCCACCCCGCCGCUAUUGACGCCACAGGUCCCCUUGGGCAAAGGCCCCGGCACGCCCCCGGGCGCCGGCGCCGCGGCCGCCCCGUGCCUGGAGCGCGUCGGGCAGAAGCUGGAGCCGGGCGCCCACUGCGUGCCGGUCAUCCAGCGGACCCAGCCGAGCGCCGAGCUCGCCGCCGAGCAUGACACGGACACCGACAUUGAUCUUUCCCCGGAGGCUCCCCUGAAACGUGUUCAGCAUCGCAGCACCACGCACGUCUCCCCGGACAGAUGGGUGGUGGCUGAGCUGCAGCGGUACUGGCCGGGAGUUAACCUGGGUCUUUUUCACGGAAGGAUCACUGCCAGUAACGGGCACGGGAAUCCUGCCGCGCUGGAGCCCUGCGAGGUUGACGGGCAGUAG